GCUACCCAAGAAAGCCCCCAGCAAGAGAGAGAGAGAGAGAGAGAGCGAGGGAGAGAGGAUGGCGAGGAGCCUCACAUACAUCACGGCCUCUCAGCUCAUCGCCAUCGCUCGCAAUCCCCGCGUGGCCAUCGUCGACGUCAGGGACGAGGAGAGGAGCUACGACGCCCACAUCGCGGGGUCGCUUCACUACGCCAGCGACACCUUCGGGGAGCGAAUGCCUGACCUGCUGCAGGCUGUCAAGGGCAAGGACACCCUUGUCUUCCACUGCGCCCUCAGCAAGGUGCGUGGGCCAUCCUGUGCGCACAUGUUUCUGGACUAUUUAACGGAGGUGAAGGAAGAUGCAGGAAUCAACAAGGUUAUGGUUCUGGAACGCGGCUUCAAUGGAUGGCAUGCUUCUGGCCGACCUGUCUGUCGCUGCACCAAUGCUCCUUGCACCAGUGACAGCACCUAAACGGCAGGUGCAGAAUCACUAUAGUAUAUAAUAAACAUAAAAAAUCUCCAUCAAGGCCAUGCAAACUAUCAUCAAAGACCGGAAUGCAGAUUGAGCUGCUGAAAUAAUUCUUGUUCUCUAUAUAUAUUUGGGAAACAGAUGAUUGUAUUUUUUCGCUUUAUGGCAAUGAGGCUCGUUUGAUCGGAGCGCGAUGUUGUGCCAAAAUAUUUUGUUCAAGCCUCCAUUAUUACUUGAAAGUUUUGUUAUAGAUGCACUAAUCUAAUACUAGUCUCACAUCAGUGAUCUCCAA